AUGAAGAAUUUAUCAAUUACUUGCCCUAAUUUUCUCUCCCUUUCGCAAAUCCAACAAUAAAUCGACUGAUUCUUGGGAAAAUCGAGAGAGAAAGAAUUCCAGCUGAUAUAUGGAGAGGAUCAUUGGACAGAAGUACAAACUAGGUCGCAAAAUCGGAAGUGGAUCGUUUGGUGAAAUCUAUCUCGCUACUCAUAUUGAGACGGGUGAAACUGUCGCUGUAAAGAUUGAAAACAGGCAGACAAAACAUCCUCAAUUGCUAUAUGAAGCCAAGUUGUAUAAUAUUCUUCAAGGAGGAAGUGGCAUUGCUCGUAUAAAAUGGUGUGGAGUAAAUGGAGAAGAUAACAUGCUUGUUCUUGACUUGCUGGGACCGAGCCUGGAAGACCUGUUUGUCUAUUGUGGGAGAAAGUUUUCAUUGAAAACAGUCUUAAUUUUGGCUGAUCAAAUGAUUACCAGAGUAGAAUUUAUGCAUGCUAAGGGGUUUCUGCAUAGAGACAUCAAACCAGAUAAUUUCCUCAUGGGUCUUGGCAGGAAAGCAAAUCAGGUCUACAUCAUCGACUUUGGUCUUGCCAAAAGAUACCGUGAUCCCAACACAAAUCGACACAUUCCUUACAGGGAGAAUAAAAAUUUAACAGGAACUGCACGUUAUGCUAGUUGUAAUGCUCAUCUUGGAAUUGAGCAAAGCUGUCGGGAUGAUUUGGAAUCAUUUGGCUAUGUUCUUUUGUAUUUCUUGAGAGGAAGUCUUCCUUGGCAAGGUCUAAAGGCUGCUACAAAGAAGCAGAAGUAUAACAAAAUAUGUGAGAAGAAAGUAGCAACGCCAAUAGAGGUCUUGUGCAAGUUGCACCCUGUGGAGUUUGCAUCAUACUUUCAUUAUUGCCACUCUUUAAAGUUCGAUCAGAGGCCUGAUUAUGGAUUCUUGAAGCGUCUGUUUCGGGAUUUGUUUAGCCGAGAAGGUUAUGAGUUUGAUUUCAUAUUUGACUGGACAAUUCUAAAGUACCAGCAGGCUCAAAGGACAAAAACACAUCCUCAAUCAUCUGAUUUGCUGCCUUUUUCCGGAACAAGAAAAAACCAAGCAAUGACUACGGAUAAGCUUAAAGGAAUGAGGGAUGCUUCUUAUUCAGGUGAAGUUAUGGAGCACAGAGGAUCAAGUAACCUUGGUCGUCCAGAUGUUCGUAUGCAGUUUAGACCGUCAGUUAGUCAAAAUAUGAGCGAAAAACAUUUGGGGAACAGUACAGUCAUGCCAUCCACUUCAUUUGCUCUUCCUAGUGCCUUGAAAAAGAACCUACCCAAAGCUGAGGGGCCAGCUGAAGCUACAAAUAAUGGUCGUGGACUUGGGAACAAAACUGGUGCUUCAAGCAGCUGGAUGUCAUCAUUUCAAAGAAUAUCUUCAACCAAGUGAUUGGUAUAGGAGGGCAUCUUUAGAAAACCAUUUCAUUUUAAUAUUAGAUUAUUUUGAAUGAAUUUCUACUUUAGGAAGCGAAUGGAUAUACUCUAUAUGUCUGGCUAAGCUCCGGUUGUGAUUUCAGUUUUGGAUUUUAGGGAGUCCACAGCUUGUGUUUCAAGUAUCAUGAAGUGAGGACUUUGGAUUGCUCAAGAUCCUGCUGGGAGAUGGCAGAUUGUAUCUAUGCUUUCGUUGAGGUGACCAUGAGAGAGCAACAUAUGUGGGAUUGUGCUGGACCCUGGUCCAUAAAAGCUUGGUUUUUUCUGCAUGCAUGGGGAUAAUGGUUAAGCCAGUUUCAUGUUAUAUUGUUCGAUGGAUGAUGUGUAAAGUGUUUUCUCCAUUCUUCUGUUAGUAGAUGAUAAAAUUUCAUUUGUGUGAUACGGUUGUUUCGACCUUGUAUCUCAUUUAAUUCAGGAUGCAUUUCCUUUCUUUUCU